AAUGUCUGCGGCCUCCUCACCCGCAGGGCCCACGGCUUUUACGCCAGGGAUGCCGGUGUCGCCUACAGAAAAAACCUGGGACUCCUCAGAAAGAUAAUGUGUCAGGAAAGUACUAAAUUCAAGAAUGUUUGGACAACUCAUUCUGCAUCCCCUAUUGCAUAUGAAAGAGGAAGAAUUUACUUAGACAAUUACCAGUGCUGUAUUAGCAGCAUUGCACAAGAGCCAAGAAUACUUUACCAAAAGCCAAAGUGUUCUAAGUCAGAAAAAAUAGAAGAUGCUUUAUUAUUGGAAUGCCCACUGGGGGAAAUGCUACCAAAUCCAUCAGACUAUAAAUCUUCCCUCAUAGUCUUGACAGUGCGGAACUGGCUUCUACGUCUCUCUGCUGAUAGUGGAGAAAUACUGGAAAAAAUUUACCUCGCUGGUUCCUGUUGCAAAUUCAGAUAUUUGAGCUGGGAUACUCCUCAAGAGGUAAUGGUUGUAAAGUCAGCUCAGAAUAAGCUCCCUGCAGCAGCACGGCAGGCAGGUAUCCAACAGUCCGUAUUGUUCUAUCUUGCUGUAUUCCAAGUUUUGCCUCUUUCAUUUAUUGGAAUGCUAGAAAUAAACAAAAAGAUAUUUGGUAAUAGUGUGACAGAUGUUGCUGUUUCUAAUGGAAUCUUGAUUGUAAUGUAUAGCAUGGGUCUGGUCAGGCUCUAUAACUUCCAGGCCAUCUUGGAACAGUUCAUGCAACAGCCGUUUGAUUUGGGACAGGAAUUCAACUGGAACGGUCAAGGGGGAGUUGUAGGAAAGUAUCCAUUUGGUCUUCCAUGUAACAUUAAAAUAACAGAUACCCCACCUUUGCUGUUUGAAGCAUCUUCUCUGGAGAAUGCAUUUCAAAUUGGAGGCUACCCUUGGCAUUAUAUCAUCACACCUAACAAGAAAAAACAUAAAGGAGUCUUCCAUAUUUGUUCUCUGAAAGACAAUACUUUGGCAAAAAAUGGCAUACAGGAUAUGAAAUGCUGUUCACUGGAGCCUGACUGGAUAUAUUUCCAUCCAGAUAUGUCAGGUAGAAUAAUCCACGUGGGACCAAAUUUAAUAAAAGUCUUGAAGCUUAAGGAAGUUCAGAAUAAUACAGAUCAAGCGGAGAUUGCAGAAGAUUUUACAAUUGUGGCCAACAGAGAAAACUGUGUGAACAGUGCUGUUACUGUAACAGCUUCUGGUCGAGUGGUGAAAAAGCGUCUUAACUUGCUGGAUGAUGACCCAGAGCAAGAGACAUUCAAAAUUGUGGACUACGAAGAUGAGUUGGAUUUGCUGUCCACUGUGGCAGUUACUCAAAUAGGAGCUGAUGGAAGAGCUCACCUUGACUUUCAUUGUAAUGAACGUGGGAUUCUACUUAAAAGUAUUCCACUACUGGAGUCCUGGGAUGUGACUUACAGUCAUGAAGUUUACUUUGACAAAGACCUUGUAUUACAUAUAGAACAGAAGCCUAACAGGAAGUUCAGUUGUUAUGUUUACCAAAUGGUCUGUGAUACUGCAAAAGAUGAUGGAAGUUCAAGCCACGAAAAACCAGAAAGAGUAUUUUGUAAAAAAGGAGGGAGAAUUUUUGAAUAUAUUUAAGACAUAAACAGCAACUACAGAGACUUCAGUUUGGAUGUUAUUUAAGGACUUCAUACAUAUGAAUUAGUCAGCUACAGUUUUUCAGGCAGAAUUUCAUCUUAACAUUUUGUAUUACUACAUGAGGUUUUAUUUCUUUUUUUCUCUAUAACAUUGUACACUUAUCU